AAAAAGGUAUUACAGACAUGAAAGAAAAAUAGAAGUGUUUACAGGAAAAGAAAAAUGGCUAAACAUAUAUAGUUAUACAAGAUGAAGCAAUCCUUGACAUCGACUAGAGCAUUUUUGUUAUCUUUUAAGGUUUCUAAACCCCUAAUACCUCAACAUCAAAAAUACCCCAAGAUGUUAAGUUUACGUUUCCUAUUCUUAUCCCUUUCCAAGGUUUCUUAAGCUGCUGCUAUUAAUACACAAGAAGCCAUAGACAAAGCCACUAAUCCUGAUAGCUAGUAUGUCGAAAGAGAAAAUUUUCCCCUCUCUCCCUCUUAUCUUGAUCUUGACCUUGACAGGGCUUCUUGCUGCAGAAGCCGGAGAUGGAGAUGAUAAGGAAAUCUACAUUGUUUUUCUUGGAGAUCAGCCAGUAAACCAUAUCUCUACAGUACAAAAACAUAUAGAUAUUCUCUCAUCUGUCAAGAGAAGCGAUGAUGAUGCUGUGGACUCAAUCGUCUACAGCUACACAAAGAGCUUUAAUGCGUUUGCAGCAAAGUUAUCUAAAGCUGAAGCCACCAAGUUAUCAAGCCUGGACCAAGUUCUUUCUGUGUUCCCAAAUAGGUACCACAAGCUCCACACUACCAAAUCAUGGGAUUUUAUUGGACUUCCUAACACAGCAAGAAGAAAGUUGAAAAUGGAGAGAGACAUAAUUGUUGGUCUACUUGAUACAGGGAUUACCCCACAAUCUGAGAGUUUCAAGGGCGAUGGCUUUGGUCCUCCACCAAAGAAAUGGAAAGGCACUUGUGGUCGCUUUGCUAAUUUCUCAGGAUGCAACAACAAACUUAUAGGAGCUAGAUACUUCAAGCUGGACGGCAAUCCAGACCCCAACGACAUAUUAUCUCCAGUCGAUGUGGAUGGCCAUGGGACUCACACCUCUUCAACCUUAGCAGGCAAUGAAAUUCCCGAUGCAAGCUUAUUUGGGCUAGCAAAAGGUGCAGCUCGUGGUGCAGUGCCAGCCUCCAGGGUAGCAAUGUACAAAGUAUGCUGGGCAAGCUCAGGCUGCUCGGAUAUGGACAUACUUGCAGCAUUUGAAGCUGCCAUAAACGAUGGUGUUGAUGUUAUCUCAGUUUCUAUAGGCGGAGCAACUGCUGAUUAUGCAACGGAUACAUUUGCAAUAGGUGCAUUCCAUGCCAUGAGGAAGGGUAUUAUUACAGUGGCCUCUGCUGGGAAUGAUGGACCAAUGUCCGGCACUGUGGCAAACCAUGCCCCAUGGCUCUUAACCGUGGCUGCUAGUGGGAUUGAUAGGCAGUUUAGGAACAAAGUUGUGUUGGGUAAUGGGAAGACUAUCUCAGGAGUUGGGGUGAACGCUUUUGAGCCAAAUCAAAAAUUAUAUCCACUUGUUAGUGGAGCUGAUGCAGCGACUAACUCAGCCAGCAAGAGCAGGGCAAGGUUUUGUCUGGAUGAAUCGAUGGACUCUAACAAGGUGAAGGGCAAGCUCGUUUACUGCGAACUACAAAUGUGGGGUUCUGAUUCUGUCGUAAAAGGAAUUGGAGGGGUAGGAGCUAUUAUUGAAAGUGCGCAAUAUCUGGAUGCUGCCCAAAUUUUCAUGACGCCAGGGACGAUGGUUAAUGUCACUGUUGGUGAUACCAUUAAUGAUUAUAUACAUUCCACAAAAUCACCGUCAGCUGUGAUAUACAGAUCCCACGAAGUAAAAAUCCCAGCUCCAUUUAUUGCUUCAUUUUCAUCUCGUGGACCAAAUCCAGGAUCGAAACUUCUCCUCAAGCCUGAUAUAGCAGCACCAGGAAUUGAUAUUCUGGCAUCUUACACUCCCUUGCAUUCACUAACUGGCCUGAAAGGCGAUACGCAGUAUUCAAAAUUCACACUCAUGUCUGGUACUUCCAUGGCCUGUCCGCAUGUUGCUGGUGUAGCCGCCUAUAUAAAGUCAUUCCAUCCAAACUGGAGUGCAGCUGCUAUAAAAUCUGCCAUUCUGACCACAGCUAAACCUAUGAGUGCAAGAGUAAACAGCGAGGCGGAAUUUGCCUACGGUGCUGGCCAAUUGAAUCCGAGUAGAGCUAGAAGCCCUGGAUUAGUGUAUGACAUGGAUGAAAUGUCUUACAUUCAAUUUUUAUGUCAUGAAGGCUACACUGGAUCCUCUCUAGCUGUUUUAAUUGGCUCGAAAUCCAUAAAUUGUUCCUCGUUGCUACCUGGACUUGGCUAUGAUGCUAUUAACUAUCCGACUAUGCAUCUGAGUGCAAGAAACGACAAGCAGCCAACAAUUGGAGUCUUUCGAAGGACAGUAACCAACGUAGGUCCUUCUACUUCCUUUUACAAUGCCACCAUUAAGGCUCCUAAAGGAGUGGAAAUUACAGUAGUUCCUGCGAGUCUUUCUUUCUCUCGUACCUUGCAAAAGAGGAGUUUUAAGGUUGUGGUUAAGGCAAAGCCUAUGUCAAGUGGACAAAUCUUGUCAGGUUCAGUUGCUUGGAAAAGUUCUCGUCAUGUAGUAAGGAGCCCAAUUGUCGUUUACAAGCCACUGGACUAAUAAUCGAAAUUAGACUAUCAAACAUACGCAAAAUUGUACGUAGCAAGAACAUUAAGGAUUGAACAAAAGAGAAGAAAAAAAACUUAAUGUAUAGUGCAUUGGUGUAUGUUUGUGAUCUUAUAUGCUCAUAUAAUACGGGAAAUUGAUAUUUCUUGCUAAA